AUGUCGAGUGACAUUCAGAUUUCGGUGGAAUAUAAUCCCAUAAAUAAAAAGGAUAUUUUUACCAGUGGGGAUUAUAUCUCGGGGAAAAUUACACUGGAACUGGCAAAAGAAUGCAAAGCAGAGUCAAUCAUUGUAAAGCUGAAGGGAAAAGCAGAAGUCAAAUGGACAGAAAACUAUGGAAGAACAGUUGUAGUCUAUCACAAGAAGGAGAAGUACUUCACUAUCCAGAAAGAUAUUUUUCAGGCAAACCAUGGUAACAACGUUAUCGGCCCGGGAUGUCACAUCUACCCAUUCACCUUUCAGAUACCUGCAGAGAACCUGCCGUCCUCCUUCAAAGGCUCCUUUGGAAAGAUCAAGUACACUCUGGAGGCAAUCCUGAGCCGCUCCAUGAGAAUGGACAGUAAAGCUAAGACUGAGUUCACUCUCAUCUACAACGGGAACCUUAACAGUGACCCAGUAUUGAUGGCUCCACAGGAGCAGGCCUUUGAGGAGAAAAUGAAGGUUUUUACAUCUGGAUCUGUAGGAAUGCACGUAAAAAUUGCAAGAACAGGCUUCCACCAAGGGGAAGGCAUGCAGGUCCUGGCUUCCAUCCAGAACAAAUCAUCUCGUGAAGUCAAACCAAAGUACUGUUUGUACAGGAAAUGCAGUUACUUUGCCAAGGGAAAGAGGAAAGUUGAAACCAAAGACAUCCUGAAGGAGGUGGGUGAUCCCAUCCCACCCUCUGCAAGUCAGACUGUCACCAGGACCAUCACAAUCCCACCUGAUACACCUGUGUCAGUCCUCAACUGCCAAAUCCUCAAAGUGGAGUACAGACUCAAGGUCUACCUGGAUGUCAAGUAUGCGAUCGACCCUAUGCUCAAGUUCCCCGUAAUCAUCCUUCCUGCUUUACCAGAGCUUGAAGGAGAGCCGCAGCCUGCUUAUCCUGCCUAUGGAUUUGGGGCGUUUGCAAACUCAGACAUGCCAGGAGGAAACAGCUUCCUACAUGUCCCACCAUCCACAGGCCCCUCUGCUCCACCUCCACCUUAUGGGACAUAUGACAUGUACCCCUCCUUGGCUAAUUUUGAUGGAAAAUCCUAGAAUAAAUCUCAGGGAAAACAUGACUCUACAUUAAGACAAAAUAUUUCUUGAGGAGUUGGAAAAGCUUUGCUAGAUUGAUGAUUUGAUGUCGAGUAAAUAACUUUCCUCACUUUCAUGUUCUUGUUUUGCCAGUAACUCUGAAAUUGUGCCAUAUAUACCCAGAGGAAUAUUAUUUGCACUUUGUUAGCUUCUAUUAAAUGAAUAUAAAAGCAAAUUUUGUUCCAAAGACCACAUAGUAACUACCUCCUCAUUUUCAA